CCUUUCUGGAGAAGCAAGAUCGCAACUUGACAGAACAACGAAGCCGUCAGCGCUGUCGACCACAACCACCGCCUCCAAUACCACCACGCUCAUUAAUUCACGAUUUCCUAGUACGACUAUUUCGAGAAGAUAGACCAUCCAAUUAACGGGAUAACCACUGGUUGAACCCCCUGACAGCUUCUCCUUACCACACUCGCCACGAUGUCACAAUACUACGGCGCACCGCCGCCGAACCAGGGCUACGCUCCGACCGGUGCCCAGAACCUCCAGUUUUACUCGUCCAACUAUGCACCACCAGUCUCGGGCCAUGCGACGCCAUCACAAGCAUCCUACGGCUACGGCGGGCCCUCGUCAGGAGCCUACGGCGCAUCUGCCUCCUUCAACCAGGGGUUCGGGGACCCAGCAGACGUGUCCGGGCGCAUGGGUGAGCAGGGCGGACUCCGAACAGGCUGGCUCGCCGCUUUCUCAACAGAGGGCUACCCCGGCGAGCCACCGUUGCUAGAAGAGCUGGGCGUGAACGUGGGACACAUCGGGGCAAAGACCCUCGCCGUCCUCAACCCGUUCAGCCGCAUCGACCAGCACCUAAUGGACGACAGCGACCUCGCCGGCCCGCUCUUCUUCUUCCUCCUCUACGGCACCUUCCUCCUCCUCUCGGGGCGCGUCCACUUCGGCUACAUCUACGGCCUCGCCGUGCUCGGCUCCGUCGCCCUCCACGGCAUCCUCUCCCUCAUGGCACCGAGCGGCGGCGACCACCUCGACCCGACCACGGGCGCGCCCGCCGGCGUAGGCGUAGCCACCCCCGCCUACGACCACCCCGUCUCCGCCAUGGGCAGCACCACCACCACCAACCCCACCGGGGCAACAGCAAACGGCAACAGCAACCUGACCUUCGCGCGCUCGGCCUCGGUGCUGGGGUACUGCCUGCUCCCGCUCGUCGCGACCAGCCUGGUGGGCAUCUUCAUGCCGAUGGACAAGCCCGCGGGGAUCACGCUGUCGAGCGCGGCCAUCAUGUGGUGCACGUGGAGCGCGAGCGGCAUCUUCUGCGCCGUGGGCGGCAUGCGCGGCAUGCGCGCGCUCGUCGCCUACCCGCUCGCGCUGUUCUACGUGGGGUUUGGUAUCAUUGCGGUCUUUAGCAGCCGCGGGAGCGGGUCGUUUGUGAAGGUGGCGGCCGCGGGUGGUGCGGCGGGGGGUGUUUAGGUUUUUGUCGUCGUGUUCUGAGGGCCGAUGGGAAGAUGGGGAGGGGAGAGUUGCGGAUGGGAGUGUGGGUUGGCUAGGAGGUAGGUACUUGGCCGGGGUUGUAACUGUAAGGCUUGUUGUACGUUACGCUUGCAGGCAGGGGCCGCGUGGCAGCGACGGUGUUAUAUUCAGACAAUGAUGAGAUGAUACCGUCUUGUUAUCUCUUGUUUUCCUCCCACCGUGUUAAGAUAGAGAAAAGUGAGCAAUGGGGGUAUUCUGCAGAUUCCAUGGGCAGAAUAGGAAUGGAUCUCAGUAGGUAAACACCGUGGAAGGGGAGUCGGUGAUGGGUUGCCAAACACCGUUCGUGGCUUAGCCUCACCAACACGCAUUUCACACACCAAGCAAGCACGUAGCAAAGGCACAAUCGUAGCGAACUGAAAUUCCAUUCAUCUUCAAACACCG